AUGGCAGACGAGCCUCUUGCGGAGGCGCUGGAGGCAUGGCCCUGGAAGAAUCCUCAGGGAAUCCUCGUGUCGCCCAUGGAUAAACGCCACUAUCGAUGGCUGCUCUUGCCCAACGGUCUGCAGGUGAUGGUCAUCAGCGACCCGAACGCCAACAAAGCUGCAGCGGCGAUGUCGGUGGACGUAGGAGCAGCAUCGGACCCGGUGGGCCUUCCUGGCCUAGCGCACUUCCUCGAACACAUGCUUUUUCUCGGUACAUCCAAGUACCCCGUUGAAAACGCGUACAAGUCGUACCUGGCGAAGCAUGGGGGGAGGUCGAACGCGUCGACUGCCAUGGACGUGACCACCUUCAAGUUCGAGGUCGGCUCGGACCACCUUAGAGGCGCGUUGGACAUCUUCUCCCAGUUCUUUGUGUCGCCCCUUUUCACGGAGAGUAGCACCGGAAGAGAGCUGCUGGCGGUAGAUAGCGAAGAUAGCAAGAACAGGACCAACGACAGCCGGAGGAUGCUUCAGUAGGAAGGAACGAUUGGCCAUCGGUGAUCGGUUCUGUGGGAACAAUGCUCCGUCCUCUCGAGGACGCGUGGUCAAUGGUCUAACCGCUAAGGCAUGCAAAACAUAAGAGUCACGCCCCCCC